AUGUCUAAUAAGCCGGACCGACCGUCGAAGCGGCCUGCUCAGAGCGAUGUGUCAGAUGAUGAUUAUGUUAUGAAAAGGCAGAGGAACAAUGCCGCGGUAAAUAAAACUCGCCAGAAGAAGCGACAGGAAGAGGUGGAGACCGUGAAGCGAGUCCAUGAGCUACGCGAAGAGAACAAGAAUCUGGAGCGAACGGUGGAAACACUGAGGAACGAGCUGAACCUCCUCAAGGAGAUGGUACUAUCCUUUGCGUCGCAGAACAAGUCCAAUAAAUAA